AUGGCUCAGGUGUCAUUUAUCGCUUUGGCUGUAUUCACUAGACUGGUGGAGAGACAGUUUUCCCUUCUCUUUAUCUUGGGUUUAGCCACCUAUCCCGUCCUCUUCUGCUCGCUGCGUUGGUUCCUGCUUCACUUUGGGCAAAUGGAGGUCCUCAACGCAGUCUAUGUCUCUGCCAGACUUGUCUCCUCGGUGCAGGCCAUCAUGGCUUCCACAGUGGGCUACAUUGUCUCCUCGUCCUGCAAGCACAUCAUCGACGACCAGCACUGGCUGACCUCCACCUACACCCAGUUCGCCGUCCCUUACUUCAUUUACGACAUCUAUGCCAUGUUCCUGUGCCACUGGCACAAGUACCGAGUCAAAGGACACGAGUCGGCAGGGACACGGACGUUGCGCACGGUGGUGCGGACCUACCUGCACAAAGAGUUCCUCAUGGUGCUCCACCACCUCUUCAUGGUGCUGGUUUGCUUCCCUGUGUCUGUGCUGUGGCGCCAGGGCAAGGGCGACUUCUUCCUGGGUUGUAUGUUGAUGGCUGAACUCAGCACCCCCUUUGUCUGCCUCGGCAAGGUCCUCAUCCUGUACAAGCAGCAGCACACGCUGCUCCACAAGGUGAACGGGAUGGUUAUGCUGAUCACGUUCUUCUGCUGCCGGAUCCUUCUCUUCCCGUACAUGUACUGGAUCUACGGGCGGUAUGCUGGCCUGCCCUUUUACCGUGUGCCCUUCUCGAUCCCUGCUGAGUACAACAUGGGAACAGCCAUACUCAUGGCCCCGCAGGUCUACUGGUUCGGCCUCAUCUGCCGGGGAGCGUUCCGUGUGUUCCGCACCCGGGGUGCCACCAAGGAGCAGGUCUUGCGAAACGGGCACCCGCCAGAGACAAAGGCACUGGACUGA